AUGGCUACCAACGGCGACUUUCCCGACGACGACUCCCAGCCCGGGUCCCCCGUGCUCGAGGCCACCAACCAGGACUUUGACGACAACCUAGACCAGGAAAAGCCCCUCAAGUCGGCCAUGAAGAAGUCCGCGGCGCCUCCGGUAUCCCAGCCCACGCGCCCAGAACUCCCCGAACAGCCCAACCCAGACACCCUCGACUUCUCAAAAUUGACGCCCUUGUCCCCCGAGGUGAUCAGCCGUCAAGCCAGUAUAAACGUUGGGACAGUAGGACAUGUCGCUCACGGCAAGUCGACGGUCGUCAAGGCCAUCUCGGAGGUGCAGACCGUCCGUUUCAAGAAUGAGCUGGAGCGCAAUAUCACCAUCAAGUUGGGUUAUGCCAAUGCCAAGAUCUACAAGUGCGACAAUCCCGCGUGCCCUCGGCCGACGUGCUACAAGAGCUACCGCAGUGACAAGGAGGUCGACCCGCCGUGUGAGCGGGAAGGAUGUGAGGGACGGUACCGGCUGCUCCGACAUAUCUCCUUUGUGGACUGCCCUGGUCACGACAUUCUGAUGUCUACCAUGUUGUCUGGCGCUGCCGUCAUGGACGCUGCCCUCCUUCUGAUUGCUGGAAACGAACCAUGCCCGCAGCCUCAGACCUCGGAGCAUCUUGCGGCCAUUGAGAUCAUGAAGCUCAGCCACAUUGUCAUCCUGCAGAACAAGGUGGACCUGAUGCGGGAGGAUGCGGCCCUUCAGCACUACGAGUCGAUUCGCAAGUUCAUUCGUGGUACCGUUGCCGAUGGCUCGCCCAUUAUCCCCAUCUCCGCGCAGCUGAAGUAUAACAUCGAUGCCGUCAAUGAGAGUUUGGUGGCGAAUAUCCCGGUCCCCAUGCGGGAUUUCUCUGCCUCGCCCCACAUGAUGGUUAUCCGGUCGUUUGACGUGAACAAGCCCGGUGCCGAGAUCGACGAGCUCAAGGGUGGUGUGGCUGGUGGCUCCAUCCUGACUGGUGUGCUCAAGCUGAACGAUGAGAUUGAAAUCCGUCCUGGUCUCGUCACCAAGGAUGAGAACGGCAAGAUCCAGUGCCGCUCGAUUUUCUCGCGCGUUGUGUCGCUCUUCGCCGAGCACAACGACUUGAAGUUCGCCGUGCCCGGUGGUCUGAUUGGUGUUGGUACUCGGGUUGACCCGACGCUUUGCCGUGCUGAUCGUCUGGUUGGUUUCGUGCUGGGCCACCGCGGCCGCCUGCCUGCCAUCUACACGGAGAUCGAGGUCAACUACUUCCUGCUCCGCCGCCUCCUGGGUGUCAAGACCGCCGACGGCAAGCAGGCCAAGGUGGCCAAGCUGGCUAAGAACGAAGUUCUCAUGAUCAACGUUGGCAGUACCGCCACUGGCGCCAAGGUGCUAGGUGUCAAGGCCGAUGCCGCUAAGCUCAGUCUGACCAGCCCGGCCUGCACGGAGGUUGGUGAGAAGAUUGCUAUCAGUCGGAGAAUCGAGAAGCACUGGCGUCUGAUCGGGUGGGCCAACAUUGUCGCUGGUAACACCCUGGAGCCCGUUUCAAACUAA